AUGUUUCAGGAAAAAUUUUUCAGUAUGCCACCGAAAAAUAUUCCAAACAAAAAGGUUGAGCAGAAGAAAAAAGAAAAAAUAAUUGAAGAUAAAACAUUCGGGCUGAAAAAUAAAAAAGGAGCAAAGACACAGAAAUAUGUGCAGCAAGUGACAAAUCAGAUUAAACACGGCAAUGUGAACCAUGCGAAAAUUGAUGCAGAGAAAGCUGCGGCCAAGAAGAAAGCAGCUGAUGGUGAACUCCGGGACUUGAAUAAACUUUUGAAACCGGUGACCGAGAUGCCUAAAGUUGCGCGAGACAUCGAUCCUAAAUCAGUGGUUUGUUUGUUUUACAAACAAGGAAUAUGCCAUAAGGGUGAAAAGUGCAAAUUUAGUCACGACUUAUCGAAAGAGCAGAAGACAGCUAAAAAGAAUCUUUAUGUUGACAGCCGAGAUUUAUCAAAAGAAGACGAUAACAUAGAUGAAUGGGAUGAGUUUAAAUUAAACGAAGUCGCCGAGAAAAAACAUGGAGAACAUGAUAGGAAAAGGCCAAAUCAAACAGAUAUUGUUUGUAAAUAUUUUCUGGAAGCUGUUGAGACUAACAAAUAUGGUUGGUUUUGGGAAUGUCCAAAUGGUGACGGUUGUAUUUAUAGGCAUGCUUUGCCAUCAGGUUAUAUUCUGAAGAAAGAUAAGAAGAAGUUGGAAGAGCACAAAAGACUGAACGAAGUCAGCCUGGAAGAACUCCUCGAGAAGGAGCGUGCAGAACUUAAGCCAGAAAGUCUUACGAAAGUGACGCUAGAAACAUUUAUCUCCUGGAAGAAGAAGAAGUUGCGAGAACGGAAAAGGAAAAUUGCGGAAGAAGAGAAAGAGAAAAAGAAAAACAUUAAGACGGGUAAAUCGAUUGGGAUGAGUGGCCGUGAUUUGUUCACAUACGAUCCAGAACUGAUGAUACAAGAUGAAGGAGAUAUGGAAGGUGGUGUUGCAUUUGAACGUGGAUUUGAAGAAGAUAAUGAUGAGCAAGAGAUAAAAGCAUUUGAAAUCGAUGAGCGUACAUUUUAUUGCAUCGAUGAUGAAGGACAUAUGUUGGAUGACGACCUGGAUGAGGAUGAAAAGUGGGAAGAGACUGCUGCUGGUAUUGGAAACAUGGAAAUUAAUGAAGAAUUAUUUAACGUGGACGAAAUACCUGAUUUGGAAAGUUAUGAAGGUGGAUAUUAUUGUUAAAAAGAUAACCAGAAUGAGGAUAGAGAGAAAUCAAUCUUUAUAAUCAUUAAGCUUGUUUUCCUGUGAAAUUAAACUAGUGAUUGCUAGCGCGAGAUAAAUUAUUUCUUAAUGGGAAGUAUGAUUUUUUGUUAGAAAUUUUCCCCAAUAUUCAUUUAUCAUUGAGUUAUUAAUUAUUAGCGUGUAUUUGGAAGAAAUUCGUCUCUACCUUUUUGGUACAAGUAUCGGCGAGAGCCGAUACUUACGGUGG